AUGGAUAUUGUCAAUAUCAAGGCCGUGUCACAGCGGUAUGUCAGUAGAUUGUUCCAGACCGAGGCAUCAGCCUCUCCAUCAGCAGCAGCAGAGGGUACACUUGGAUUGGAUAGUGAUAUGGCCAAUAUUUUAAAGAGGACUGUGCCACUCGAGAACAAAAAAGACAAAAAGUGGCAUCUCCAAACAAUCCAUCCUAGUCGUCUCACGAUAUCCUCUAUCGACAAGUUUAUGGACCCUGACAAUGAGUUCAAGGUGAAAGUAUCGGUAGAUGCAAUGAUCACGAGUAUCAUGAUGACCCAACAAGAUGAAGAUGACCAACAUCGGUUCUUUGGCUCAAACAAUACAAGUCAACAUGAACUCUUGACUCAUGUACUAUCAACUUAUGGAUCACAAAUACAAUCAUUUGAGAGGUCGGUAUUAGCAUCAAAGGAUCGAUUGGAUAUUGUAAAAGAGAUAUUAGAGGUGUCCCCAAGUCAUCUAAAAAUGUCUCUUUACACACUCAAAUAUUACAUUGAUUCAAAAAAGGUUUCAAAUGCAUUGAUUAGAUUACUCUUCUCGAUGGAUAGGAUAGACGUGACAACCAAGGGAUACUAUCUUUUUGAUUUAAUUGCAAGUGUUGGAUCGGUUGAUUUGUUGGAUUAUGUAUAUCAAAAGACUAUUACCUCCUCCUCGACUACUUCAACCACUUUACUUUAUAGUCACUUGACAUUGGCAAAUGCAUGUUUAACAGGAUCAUUAGAGUUGGUGGAAUAUAUUGUGUCGGCAGGCUUGUACAUUGAUCCAAAGUGCUCAACCAACAAUUUCAAGAAAUCAAUUGCAACCAAUCUUUGUGGUGGUGGCAGUGACGAUAAACAAGAUGAAAGAUUAAAUAUUCUUUUGUACCUAGAGACCAAGUCUAUUUUAAAGAUUAUGGAAAGUCAAGAUAUAUUUAAUGUUGCAAUUUGCCAAGCAUCAAAAUACAAUCAAUUACCAAUUGUCACACAUCUCUGUAAAAAGGCUGAUCGAUCGAUUGGACCUUGUAUAUACAUUCCAACGAAAAUAGUCAGUUUUGCAGCCACCUAUAUACAACAAGUUAAUAACCCUCUGAUUCACAAAGUCUCUCGAUCCAACCUCAAAACAUUGACCUAUAUAUUACAGAGUAAUUUCAAAUUGACAGGCAACCCAAAACACCCCUCAUAUGCCCAUACCAACGAAUACAACCAUGCAGCCAACAAACUAUUAUCAUCCCACAACUAUGACACUCUGGAUAUAUUAAUUGCCAAAGAACACAAAACCAUCUCUAUCUGUUUGUUUUCUCUCAUCGCUUCACUCCGCGACAACAACACUAGAGUCACAGACUACUACAAAUACCUUCGUACAACAAGAUGGAACAAUCAGCGAAACUAUGUUGAUUAUUUUGAACGUCGAUAUGGAUUUAUGGUAUACAAUCCAAAUUAUUAA